AUGGCGACUCCCAACCCGCGGGCCCUGCGAGAGCAGCGGCAGAGGAUCCUGGAUGCCUUCCGCGCCGCGCUGCCCGAGUCCAACGACCUCAGCGAGGGCCAGGUGAAAAUCUUGCUGAAGGCACUGGGAGUGGAACUCAGUGAUGAGCGCUUGAAAGGGAUGGUGGCAGCGGCGUCCAAUGGCAGCGGCAAGGUCACCUAUGAGCAGUUCAUCAGCUGGAUGUUCGGCUGCGAAGACGCGCCGCCCGCGCCGCCGGGACUGCCGCCCGGACUGCCGCCCGGCGCCCCGCGUCCGGGCGCGGCCGGGGCCGCGCCGGCGGCGGAUGACAGGGGGCCAUCGAAGGUGCUGGAGACAAAGAGGAGCUUGCAGAUCAUCGAGGCCUCGGUCCGUGCGCAGCUCCAGCAGAUUCUGGAACAGCACCCCUACGUGGAGAGUGGUGGUGCUGCCUCGCGGCACCCUGCCCAACCCUUCGUCGAGAACUGCCGGAAGUGCUUGGAACUGGGGAAGUACGAGCAAGCCCAGGAGGAACUGCGGCGCACGCGGAGCGUGAUCGAGACCGACAUUCAGCAGAUCACCGAGGCCUUUUGGCGCUUUGACAAAGACGGUUCAGGCUUCUUGGAAGCGGCCGAGUGCCGACACAUGUGUGCCUACUUGGGGUGGGGCUCGGAGGAGUGGAGCCUCAUGGACCGGGACAAGGACAGCAAGAUUUCUCUGAAAGAAUUUCAAAACUUCGUGGGGAAGAUGGGCGGCAUCCGCCAGCUCUUCGAACAGCGCCGGCUGCGCAUCUCUACGAGCCGGAAAGAUGUUUGUGACUACAUUGGCAUCGCGGAGGGUGCGCGCGUUAGGGCUCAUUACUUUGUGCAAGGGCAGAAGUCGCACGGAUGGCGAGAAGCGCAGGUCUUGAAGGUGGGCGUGCACAUGCAUUUCGGCAAAGCAGACACCGGCCCAGGGACCUUUGGCGUGCUGUUGCAGUUCGGCUUCGGUACGGUGAACACCCGGAAGUGGGUCGCACGCCAGGUGGUGCCUCCUACCUGGAUCUUGAGUGGUGUGGAGGACGCCUCGGUGGCGAGCGCCUUGCGCGAAAGUGGCAUCCUGGAUGAGCAGCAGGCCUUCUGGGGGCUCCUUCUGCCCGAAACGGAGAUGCAAGCGAUCGCCCGGCUCGAGAGCUGCCAGCGGAAGGCGCUCUACACCGUCCGUGCUCAGGCGACGAAGCUUCACGAUGAUGCGCUCCCGCGACUGCGGGAAAGGUUUCAGAGACUGGGUUAUGGUGACGACAUGCUCGGCACGGUGCUGGACUGGAUUCAGGACCUGGCACCCGUGGUGGUCCAUGUGCACUUGGAUCGCGUGGGUGCCUUCCUCGAGGUGGACGAGUUCUACCGCAACCAGUUUGAGACGAAGACCAGUUGUGGAGCCUUGGACCCGGAAAACCGGACCCGGCAGAACUGGGAGAACGUGCUCUUUGGCGGUGCCUACGACGGGGCCAAGCCCUUCGAUCGGCCCAAGUAUGGUGCGCUGAGCGUCAUGAACGACUAUCGGGGCGUGAUCUCGGCGCGGCAGUAUGGCGACUCCUACCUGGUACUGAAGGACGUCCGCCUGCGCUGCACGUUUGCGGGCACCGACUCCGGCGGCAUCAGCUCGUCUCGCCUGGCGGUCUUGGACAAGUACGCGCACGUGCUGAGCGAGUAUCAAGACCACGAGCUGCAUGGAGUGCGACCUCACCAUGUGGCCUUCCCCUUCCUUGUGAGCAUCCUGCCAUUCACCACUCCUCCGGAACCCCCGCCACGGGCACCGCGCCGGCGCGGUGCCAUGUUCGACUUCGACCAGCUGGAUGAGACUCUGCCCGUGGCCAAGCCGCCUGCCACGACCUCCGCAGCUAAGCCACCGGUCCCUGCUAUCCCUGUCGCAGCGCCGGUGGGAGGGCCGCCGUCUUUGGAGUCCUUGAUGGUGGAUGAGGGAUCAGUGUCAGAAGAGGAGGCUUCUGCUUCCCCUGCAGUCGCAUGGCCUCCACCGGAGACGCCGAAGACAGCUUUGCAGUCCACGGAGGCAACGCGCAAUGGAGCUUCAGGUCUUCUCCCAUCACCGCCGCCGCUGCACGUCGCGCCCGCGCCAGCGGCACGGCACAGCGGUGCUCGGCCACGGCUGCGAGUGCCCACAGUGCCGGCGGUGCGAGGGUCCUCAGUGCCUGGGAACGAGGAGCUGUUCAUGUGGAUGGCGCAGAAGUGCUACUUGAAACAAGACAUGUUUCUGCUGGGCGACCCAGGGCCACAUCUGCGCAACGUGGCCUUGCAGUUCGCGGCUCGAACGGGACGAGAGGUGGAAUACAUCGGCAUCACGCGAGACACGACGGAAGCAGAUUUGAAGCAGCGUCGCGAGAUCUGCGAUGGAGAGCUUCAGUUCCACAACGCCCCAGCGGUCGAAGCGGCCCUCAGAGGGCGGCUGCUGAUUUUGGAAGGCGUCCAGAAAGCGGAGCGAAACGUCUUGCCCUUGCUGAACAACUUGUUGGAAAACCGUGAGAUGUCACUGGAAGACGGCAGUUUUCUCAUGGCACCGGGUCGAGAGAAGGAGAUUCGAGAAGCGGCGCAAGGGGGAAGGCGCUUGUUGCCGGUGUCGAAGAACUUCCUGGUCAUCGCCCUCGGCCUACCGGUGCCGCCCUACCCGGGCACGGCCCUGGAUCCGCCGCUGCGCUCGCGCUUCGCGGCGAAGCGCGUGCCGGGAGACGUGGCGGCGAGCGCGGUGGAGAAGGGACGUGCACGAACGGAGCUGCUGAAGAGGCUCACAGCCGUGGUGGCGCUAUGGAGAUCGGAGCAGAAGGAGCAGAUUCGAUUGCCGCGGUUUCCGGAGUUCGGACUGCUUUCGGUGAUGAAGCUGCUGAAGCUUUUUCCAGCCUUACCUGAGGCCACAGCGCUUCAUAGCGCCUUCCCUUGGAAUCUGCUGCCGCUGAGCGCCGCCCAGCGCACCGGGGUCCAAGCCGCUUUGAAGAUGCACCAGCUCGAGCUACCGAGUGCCAGUGGUGAGGGGUACAACCUGAAAGAAGUGGAGAAGUUGCAGGAGCACUGCGCCCGGGUGUGCUUUCAGAACGCCACCGGCGACUGCAGCGCGCUCUGCCCCUGUGGCGCAACUGGCCCGGCAGGUGGACACGCUGCGGUGCUGGCGCGGCUGGCGCCGGUGCAGCGGGCGGUGCUGGGGCAGAUGCUGCGAGAUCAUGCGGCAGGAAUGGACCUCUGCCUGGUGGGUGAGAGGGGCGUGGGCAAGACCGCCUUAAGCCGUGCCUUCGCGGAAGUCUUGGGCUAUCGCACUUACACGGUGUUCUGCUUCAAGGACAUGACUGCCCGGGACCUGACGCUGCGGCGCAGCACCGACGAGCGGGGCAACACCACCUGGCAGCCCUCGCCGCUGAUCCAGGCGGCUUUGGAGGGUGGCUUGGCUGUGCUGGACGGCGUGCAUCGGCUGCCGGGCGGUGCCUUGGCGGGCGCGGUGGGGCGGCUGCUGACGGACCGGGAAGGCGCGCUACCGGAUGGCACUCGCCUGGUGCCCCAGGAGCAGUGGGAUCAAUGGUUGGAGCGUGGCUGGUCAACUGCUGCACUGUGCGCCGAAGGCUUCCGCCCGGUGCAUCCCGCCUUCCGCGUGGUGGCCACCGCCGAGCCGGCCACCGCAAACGGAUCCGGUGGGGACGCGCGGUGCUGGUUGGAGGAGGAGCUCUUGACCUUGUUCCACUUCACCGAGGUGAAGCCGCUGCCCGCGGCGCAGCAGGUGAAGCUGGCGGCACAACUCUGCGGCCUGUCGGCGGAGCACAAGGUGCUGAACGGCCUGAUGGCAUAUGGCAAGGCCUUGCGCGCUGCAGCCAAGUCAGACGUGUCUUUGCAGCCCUUGGUGCUCUCCCUGCGUCAGCUGCUUCACCUGGCCCGCCGCCUCAGUGCCUCGACUGCCAGCUCCUCCGUCGAGGCGGAGGUGGUAAAGGCGGCGCUGUCGGGCUACGUGCACUUCCUGCCGCCCUUGUCGAAGCAGGCAGUGCUUCGAAUGAUGCGAGAGGCCAUGGCAGGUGUGGGCGUGAAGGUGAACCUGGAAGACGCUGAGGAGUUGAAGGAGGCGCAGCGGAAGGCGCAGCUGGCUGAAGAGCGCGGCGAGCGCUUGAAGGCCUUGGAGGAGCCCGCCAUUGGCCUGCGCUUCAUGCCGAACCCCUCGGCCACACGGCACAUCGACGAGGAGACGCAGAAGCUCCGGGACGAGGCGCACACUGAGCGGCGCCAGAAGCACGAGGCCCUACUGCGCACCGCGCGGAACGCGGCGGCCGGCGCUGCAGCGGGGCAGCGGGGCGCGCUGAAGGUGGAGGUGACUGAUGCGGAGGUGCGCCUCGGCAACGUGAGCUGCAAGAGAGGUCGUCCGCAGAGACCGGAGCUGGUGCCUUCCACACUCUUCGUUGACAUCCCGCAGCACGUGGCCAUGUUGCGCACGAUGCUCAUUGACUGGUUGCUGCAGCGACACCUCUUGCUCAUCGGAAAUCAAGGAGUGGGCAAGAACAAGUUGGCGGAUCGCUUUCUGAGCAUGUUGCGCCUGGAGCGGGAAUAUUUGCAGUUGCAUCGUGACACCUCUGUCCAGUCCUUGACCUGCCAACCCGUGCUUCAAGACGGGAAAGUGGUCUAUCAAGAUUCACCCUUGGUCUCUGCAGUGCGCUAUGGUCGAGUGCUGGUCAUCGAUGAAGCAGACAAGGCGCCUUUGGAAGUGGUGUGCAUCUUGAAGAGCUUGGCGGAGGAUGGUGAGUUCUCCUUGGCCGAUGGCCGGACCAUCAUGAAGCCAGAGCACUUGUCCCGCGAGGUGGAGUCGAACGACUGCGUGUUGCCCAUUGCUGCGGGCUUCCGGAUGAUCGUGCUGGCCAACCGGCCGGGCUAUCCGUUUUUGGGCAACGACUUCUACCGCGAGUGCGGAGACGUCUUCGCUUCUCACGCCAUCGACAACCCGGACGUUCCCUCGGAAGUGGAACUUCUGCGGAGUUAUGGACCCUCAGUGCCACAGGAGCAGCUCGUACGCUUGCUGGGGCUUUUUGCGGAGCUGCGACGCCUGGUGGAGGAGGGCAUGCUGUCCUACCCCUACUCCACGCGCGAGCUGGUGAAGAUCGUCCGACAUCUCGAGAACUUCCCGGAUGAUCCAGUGGAAGAGGUCUUCGGCGACGUCUUCGAAUUCGAUUGGCACGAUUCCAAGCUGCGGGAGACGUUGGCGGGCGUGCUGCAUGGCUGCGGCUUCGAGUUCAACCCCACCGCCAAGCCGGUGAAGCAUGGAGACGCACAGAAGCGCUUGCCCAAGGACUUCAAGUCUGCCAAGCACUAUGACUCGGGAGAGAAUGCGGAGAAUGACGGGGAAGGCUUUGACCCUGGAGAUGUGGGCACGCGAGACUAUGACGAUGCCACCGACCAGUCCGGCAAGCGGCACGCGCCCCGCGCGGGCAACUGGGAUGGGCGACAGCACAUUGGCGAAGGCCCUUGGGAUGGCGGCUCCGGUGGAACUGGAACAGCGGGCAUCGGUGGCCGUGCAGGGCCUUACCGCCUGGAUGUAGGGCAAGAGCUGGUGAUGCUCACUGAGGAGCAGAAGAAGGAAGUGUCGGAGGAGUGGCAUAAGAAGGCGCAGCAGAUGGCUGAUGAGGCCUAUGCACAUCGGCUGAAGGAGCUGAAGAUGAGCGCCCAUGAUGAGACAGAGUACCGACGCUUGCGCGAGGCGGUGGAGGCACAAAUCGCAGCCUUUCGGCUGGUGCUUGAAAGCCAUGAGGCGAAGGAACGCGAACGAAGCUGGCAGAAGCAACAGGUGCAGGGCGAGCUCGACGAGAUGCGCCUCGUCGACGGCCUGGUUGGCGCGCGGAACAUCUACCGCCGCCGGGGGGAGGCCGACAGGUCCAGUGGAGAUCAGCUCUUGCCCAAACGCAUCAAGUUCGUGAUGGACUGCAGCGGCUCCAUGUACACCUUCAACCGCAUCGAUCAGCGACUCCAGCGGCUCAUGGAGGCUUCGAUCUUCAUCUUCGAAAGCUUCCAAGGCUUUGAACAGAAGUAUCAGUACUCCAUGGUGGGGCACAGCGGCAGCGGCCCGGAGGCGGAGAAUCUGGUGUCCUGGGGCAAGCCGCCCCGCAGCGCCCAGGAGCAGCUGGCGAUCGUGAAGCAGAUGGCCGCCCAUGCGCAGUACUCGCACAGUGGCGAUCACACGUUGCAAGCGACGGAUCGGGCCAUCAAGGAUGUGGUUCGCACGCCUGCGGACGAGUACUACGUCUUCGUGGUGAGUGAUGCCGAUUUGGGGAGAUAUGGCAUUGCGCCUAGUGCUUGGAACAAGAUCUUGAUGCAGGAUAAGCGCGUGAAUGCCUACGUGAUCCUCAUCAGCUCCAACACCGACGAGGCCGAGACCUUCAAAUCCGGUCUGACGCCAGGACAUGGUUUUGUGUGUGACCACAACGACUUGUUGGCCUUGACCUUCAAGCAGGUCUUCUCCGUGACGAUGCUCCGCAACCGCACCUGAGCGCCGCGCCGCGCAACGAAUCGACGAACGACGACCGCCGACCGCGCACCCCAACGACCUGGCGAGACCGGCGCCGGGGCGCCGGAGGUCGCCGGGCCCAACGGUGCCCGCGGCAGCUCGAGGGCGUGAUGGUUGGUGUGGGCGGGCUCAGGAGCAGCUCCAGCAGUCGGAGCAGGCGAUUUGUUGGUGGCACGGGCAUUGGCUGAGAAGAAGAAGUGUCGACCACUGUGUGCGGAGCGGAGCGGUGAAAAAGUGUGCGCUUGGCGCCUUUGGUGUGG